AUGGUGGAGUUACAAAUACGUGAUGGUAUGAUACGUGGUUAUGAAUCUUCCAUACUUGGCAAGCGUGUUCGAUCAUUUCUUAGCGUUCCAUUCGCAGAACCACCCGUUGGUGAUAAUCGUUUUCGAGCACCAAUACCGAAACAACCAUGGAAAGAUACCAUUGAUGCUACCAUUCCUUCACCUGCAUGCUAUCAGGGUCGGGAUACAUACAAUGAAACGUUUUGGGGUUCCGAAAUGUGGAAUGCUAAUACAGCAGUUCAAGAAGAUUGCUUGCGGUUGAAUAUUUGGGCACCAGCCGAUGGCUUCAAUUUAACGACAAUGGUUUGGUUAUUUGGUGGUGGCUAUUAUUCAGGUAGUCCAUCUUUAAUUUUAUAUGAUGGAAAAGCUAUGGCAGCUAUAAGCAAUGUUGUUGUUGUAAACAUUAAUUAUCGUCUUGGACCAUUUGGAUACCUGUAUUUGAAUCAUCAUGAUGUUCCGGGAAAUAUGGGAAUGUUAGAUCAGCAAUUAGCACUUCGUUGGAUCCAAGAAAAUAUCAUUGCCUUCGGUGGAAAUCCCUCUCAAGUUACAUUAUUUGGCGAAUCAGCUGGUGCGGCAUCAAUUGUUGCACAUCUGAUUGCUCCGGGAAGUCACGGUCUCUUUAAGCGAGGCAUCCUGCAGUCCGGUAGUUUAGACAACAAAUGGUCAUUGGAGUCACCUCAACAUGCUAUGAGGAAAAGCCUUGCACUGGCCAAAUAUCAUGGUUGCAAAAUGGAAAAGAUGAUGGAUACUAUUAAAUGUCUAAAAUCAAUACCAGCUGAAAAAUUAAUCGAUGGUAUGUGGAACAAUUUGGAAUUUCUAGAAUUUCCAUUUGUAAUUGUUUCGAAGGAUCGUAAUUUUUUCCAAGAAUAUGAUGCAUAUAAAGCGCUACGAAAUGGCAAUCAUAAUAUGGAUGUUGAUUUAAUGAUUGGUAUUAAUCAUGAUGAAGGUAAUUAUUGGAAUAUUUACUAUCUUCCGCAAUAUUUUGACAAGCCAGAACAACCGUUACUAAAUCAAGAUAAUUUCUUGGAUUGUAUCAAUAUUGCAUUUAAAACACAAUCAAAACUGAUUCGUCAAGCAGCUACUUUCACUUACAUGGAUCGAAAAUGCAAGAAUAGCAUUCAAAAAAAUAAAUUUUAUGCUGAGCAGAUUAAUCAUAUGGUCGGUGAUUAUUUUUUUACAUGUGAUAGUAUAUGGUUUGCUGAACAUAUGAAAAAAGGAAGCGGUAAAAUUUACGUCUAUUAUUUUGAUCAACGGUCCAGUGCUAAUCCGUGGCCUGAAUGGGCAGGUGUAAUGCAUGGCUAUGAAAUUGAAUAUGUAUUCGGUGUACCGGUCUAUAAUAGAACUGCUACCUAUACCAAACAGGAACGUAUUUUCAGUGGAAAAAUAAUGAAAUAUUGGAGCAAUUUUGCUAACUAUGGGAAGCCGGAUUUCGACGAACAAAUUCAUACUCUUUGGCCAGAAUAUCGUAAAACGGAAAAAUGGAUGUAUUUACGUGCUGAUAUGCAAAAUGAUUCAUCCAUUGAGAGACGGAAAAAAGAAGAAUGUGAAUUGUGGAGAAAUGUAAAAGAUUUAGAAUUCGCUGAUUAUUGUAAGUGA